CAAAAGAAUAAACUCAUGGUCUAGUGCCAUUGGCGUAUGAAACUUUAUGCUCCAGUAGAUUUAUUAAGAGCGGAAGUAUGUUGGUAUACUUCCGCUCUUUUUCUAUUAUUUUGCUGAAUAUUUCGACACAUUUUUAAAAUAAAUAAAAUUUUCAGCGAGAGAGCGAUAGUUGAAUUUAUGUUCAGUGUUAUGUUAUGACACAGUUAUGUGUACUCAGUUCUUUGGAUCGCAUAUCUUUUGUUGUCUGUGACACAUGCAUAACGAGAUAUUCAAAUCAAUUACAACCGUGUUAAAAGCCUUGAAUCAACUUAAUCACCAGAAUAUAAUGAUUUUUAACCACAAAAUUUUACUUGGAACUUGUAAUCUUAUGCUUACGGUUUGUGGAUUCGUUUUACUCAUUACUGGAUGUUCGUUAUUUACAGAUUCAAAACGCAUUCUGAUUUCGCUUUUAAUUGGGGCCAACAAUGAAGUCCUAUCGAAUCUUCCACAUCCAUUUUUCUAUUAUUUAGCCCUGCUGAUUGCAGCAGUUGGUUUGGUUGUCAUAUUUGUUAGUCUCAUUGGCUGGUGGACGAUUUUUUGGUUAUUUUCUAGUCGUGCUGUUAUUAUUCGAGUCUACAUUUUGUUCAAUGGUGACUGUCUGGCCAAAGUGUGUUGGUCUUCAAUUAAAUGAAUCUCUUAUGGUAAAAAUACUGCAAAACUCUUACGGUGUACAGCAACAAGUAAUAAAGUCCAAAAUAUGCGGAUGUU